AUGGCCAAACCUCAAAUCCACAGAGCCAAAAGAUCUCUCCCUCCCCAAUACCAAUCUCUCCUCUUCCUUCUAGACUCCUGCACCUCCAUCAAAAAAGCCCGCCAAAUCCAAUCCCAGCUCUUCAUCACCGGCCUCCACCAUGACUCUCUCUUCCUCUCAAAACUCCUCCCUUACUUCUCAAUCCCAAUCCAAAACCCAUCAUCUCUUCUUCACGACCCCAGCACUUUCAACUACAACACCCUCAUUCGAGCCUUCGCUCGCUCUAGCUCUCCUUCAAACUCCGUUUCCCUCUAUAAAUCCAUGCUCUCUGAAGGCCCGACAAGGCCAAAUAAUUUCACCUUCCCGUUUUUACUUGUCUCUUGCUCGAAGCUGCCGGGCCCCGAAACGGGUCUGCAGGUUCAUUCCCAUGUUAUGAAGCUUGGGUUUGAUUUGGAUUCUCAUGUUAGGCACUCCCUCAUCGGGUUAUACUGUAUAUUUGGGGAUUUAGAUGUUGCCCGUUACUUGUUCGAUGAAAUUACUCGGUGGGAUGUUGUUUCGUUUAAUGUCAUGAUGAGUGGGUAUAAUAAGUGCGGUCAAUGGGACGAUGCGUUGCGGGUUUUCGGGUAUAUGUUACGUGUUGGUGUUAGACCCGAUGAUCGCACUUUUGGGUGUCUGAUGUCGAUUUGUUCGGGAUUGGGUGAUUUGACUAGGGGGAAGGUGGUGCAUAUGUUAGCUUUGAAGAGCUUCGGGUCUGAUGAUUUGGGAAAUGGUGUAAAGUUGGCACUUUUGAAUAUGUAUUCGAAACUUGGGGCUAUGAAGAUGGCUGACCGAGUUUUCGGUAGUAUGGGUUCUAGCAAAAGUGUUGCAUCGUGGAGUUGUAUGGUCUCGGGUUAUGCUAAGUGCGGGAAGAUUGAGAAUGCUCGUAUGGUCUUUGAUGAGAUGCCCAAAAAGGAUUUGAUCUCUUGGACUUCGAUGAUCAGCGGGUAUUCUCAAAAUGGAAGAUAUAAGGAGGCAGUGGAGCUAUAUGAAGAAAUGGGGAAGCAAGGAGUAAAGCCUGAUGAGGUUACUUUGGUUGCUGUUCUUUCGGCAUGUGCACAUUUGGGUUAUCUUGAUUUCGGCAAAAGAAUUCAUCUUUAUAUAGAAAGUGAUUCUAUCGGGUGUAAUAACUCCAGGCUUUGCACUGCAGUUGUUGAUAUGUAUGCUAAGUGUGGUCACAUAAUGACUGCUCUGGAAAUAUUUAAUCGAGUUGAUAAGAAAACAAAAACAUCACACCUGUUCAAUUCCGUGAUAUCUGGUCUCGCACAACAUGGGCUCGGUGAGAGAGCAAUAGCUGUCUUCGAAGAAAUGGAAGCUCUUGGCCUGAGUCCUGACAAGGUUACAUUUGUGGGAGUUCUUUGUGCUUGUAGUCACAGUGGUUUGAUUGAGAAGGGAAAAGAGAUUUUCGAUAUGAUGGUAAACAAAUAUAGCAUACAGCCUCAGAUUGAGCAUUACUGUUGCAUGGUUGAUCUCCUAGGGCGAAGAGGGUAUAUAAAUGAAGCAUAUGAUUUUAUUCAGAACAUGCCUAUCAGCCCUAAUUCAGCGAUAUGGUCAGCUUUACUACGCAAUUGCAGAAUACAUAGGAAUCCUAGAAUAGGAGAGAUUGCACAAAGAAAACUCCUUCAUUUUGUUUCUGAUGGCAACAGCUUUGAGGGGAGAUAUUCUCGGCUAAUUGAAAUGUUUUCGGAUGUAAAAGUUCUGGAAAAUGCAAAGAAAGUGCGGAAAAUGAUAAAAUACAAGCCUGUUUGGAAGCAACAGGGCUCGAGCUAUGUUGAUUUCAAUGGUUCUCUGCAUCAGUUUUUAGCAAAUGGUACUUCACAUCCUCAGUCUAAAGAAAUUUAUAAGAUGCUUGACGAAAUGACAAGAAGACUGAGAUUAGCUAGCUAUGACCCCUCAACAAAAGAAGUAUUGCUCGAUAUCGAAAAUGAGGAAAAGGGCAAUGUUGUUUCUGGUCACAGUGAAAGGCUAGCACUUGCAUAUGGAUUGAUGAACUUGGGUCGUAGCGAGACUAUAAGGAUAAUAAUGGAUCUUCGAAUGUGCAUAGACUGUCAUUCAUUGUUUAAGAUCUUUUCCGAGGUCUUCAGUAGGGAAAUUGUCGUGAGGGACAAGAUCAUAUUCCAUCAUAUGAAGAAUGGAUUAUGUUCAUGCAUGGACUGCUGGUAA